UCCGUCCUGCAUCCUCACCUGGUCCUCUGCUCUCUCCACGAGAGCUCAAGACCAUAUAUAGAGUGGCUAGCCCAAAGCUAGCCAAGACGCUACCAUGGCCAUGACUAUCUCUUCCGGCCUUCACUGCUCUCUCCUCGUGGCAGCCCUGACGUUGCUCGUCGUCCAGGCGCACGGCAUCACCCGGCACUACGAUUUCAAUAUUCAAAUGGCGAACGUGACGAGGCUGUGCGCCACCAAGAGCAUCGUGACGGUGAACGGGCAGUUCCCGGGGCCGGAGCUCAUCGCGAGGGAAGGCGAUCGCGUGCACGUCCGCGUCACCAACCACGUCGCGCACAACAUGUCAAUCCACUGGCACGGCAUCCGGCAGAUGCGCACCGGCUGGGCGGACGGACCGGCGUACGUGACGCAGUGCCCGAUCCAGAAGGGCCAGACGUACGUGUACAAGUUCACCAUCACCGCGCAGCGCGGCACGCUGUGGUGGCACGCGCACAUCUCCUGGUUCCGCUCCACCGUCUACGGCGCCAUCGUCAUCCUCCCCAAGCUCGGCGUCCCCUACCCCUUCCCCGCGCCGCACAAGGAGCUCACGCCCGUCAUCUUCGGUGAAUGGUGGUUGUCGGACACCGAGGCCAUAGUCAGCACGGCCCUCAAGGUGGGCGGAGCCCCCAACAUCUCCGACGCGUUCACGAUCAACGGCCUUCCCGGGCCGCUCUACAACUGCUCUGCCAAGGACACGUUCAAGCUCAAGGUGGAGCCCGGGAAGACGUACCUGCUGCGCCUCAUCAACGCCGCGCUCAACGACGAGCUAUUCUUCUCCGUGGCCAACCACACGCUCACCGUCGUCGAGGUCGACGCCGUCUACGUCAAGCCCUUCACCGUGAGGACCCUGGUCAUCUCCCCGGGCCAGACCACCAACGUCCUGCUCGCCACCAAGCCGGCCUACCCCCGCGCCAACUUCUACAUGUUCGCCAGACCCUACUCCACCAUCAGGCCCGGCACCUUCGACAACUCCACCGUCGCCGGCAUCCUCGAGUACCACAACCCCGGCUCACCCUCCGCGUCGAGCUUCGACAAGGCCUUGCCGAUCUUCAAGCCGAUGCUGCCGUACUUCAACGACACCAACUUCGUCACCAACUUCACGACCAAGCUCCGCAGCCUCGCCACAAAGCAGUACCCGGCGGCCGUGCCGCAGUCGGUGGACAGGCGGUUCUUCUUCACGAUUGGGCUGGGCACACUGCCAUGCCCCAAGAACAUGACUUGCCAGGGGCCCAACGGCACGCAGUUCGCGGCGGCCGUCAACAACGUCUCCCUCGUGCUCCCGUCCAUGGCGCUGCUGCAGUCGCACUUCACCGGCCUCACCAGCGGCGUCUACGCGGCCAACUUCCCGGCCAUGCCCCUGUCGCCGUUCAACUACACGGGGACGCCGCCGAACAACACGCACGUGGCCACCGGGACCAAGCUCCUCGCGCUGUCGUUCAACACGUCGGUGGAGCUGGUGAUGCAGGACACGAGCAUCCUCGGCAUCGAGAGCCACCCGCUUCACCUCCACGGCUUCAACUUCUUCGUGGUCGGGCAAGGGUUCGGCAACUACGACGCCGUGAACGACCCGGACAAGUUCAACCUCGUCGACCCCGUCGAGCGGAACACCGUCGGCGUGCCGGCGGGCGGGUGGGUGGCCAUUCGCUUCCUUGCUGACAACCCAGGUGUAUGGUUCAUGCAUUGUCAUUUGGAGGUGCACACGACGUGGGGUCUGAGAAUGGCGUGGCAGGUGCAGGACGGCAGCAAGCCGAGCCAGAAGCUGCUCCCGCCGCCGUCUGACAUGCCCAAAUGCUGAAUGGACUUCAUCACGGCUGAUGUUUAAUUUGCGCCUCCUCAUUUUGAUUUGCUCGCCAAUCUGCGAUUGUUUUCUCCCGCGGGAGAUUUUAGUGUGUUUAGCCCGUUCAUAGCUGACUUUCUUACGAUUCUUUUUCCCAUUUUUUUCACCACUUUCUGAUGAAGAUGUUUUUGAUACUUGAAUAAACAAUGAUGUGAACAAUUGCACGGGAAAAUAUCAAAAUAUUUAUUUUGUGAGCAUG